UUUUGAUUAGGUACAUCUUACAUUACUAUUGAAAAACCUUAUGAGUUACAUCUUCAAAAACAACUAGGCGUAUAAGAUUCCCUACUUCUAUAUAAUUUUCGAAAAUAGGAGGUACGUAUACUUUCCUCCCGCUUAACAGGUCCAUCCAUACGCUCCAAAUAUAGAGAUCAAAGGUAAUCUAACAUAAGGCCACCCUUCAGUUAGUUAAUAUAAAAGCUCGAACUUUAAAUUAGACCCGAAAGACCGCCAGCCCCUAUCUACAAUACCAAACAGCCGCCUGGCUUACAGCUUUCUCACCUAUAGUACAUGUACCGAACGGCCGCCGGGCCUGCAGCUCCCUGUGGCUAUUGGGUUAAUUGCCGGUUACUCCCCUUAUCCCAGGCCUUAAAGUGUAUAGAUGUGGCUCGUAGCUCCUCACCGUUCGGGUUACAGACAUGCAAGUGAUGUUGCACAUCUUCAAAUGAUAUGCUGCUAUCUCCCGUGAAGGCACCCUCUGUCUCCGGGUCAAGUCGACUAACAUGUCUGCUACAUAUUAUACCCACCAUUGCCUCGGGGCUCGGGAUUAGGCUGUGGUUGGAUACAAUUACGUUAAUGAAUUCAAAGUAUCAUCAAAGUGAAUGGAUGAAAUGCGACUUGGAAAUGUAGCGAGUGAGGGAUGAGAGGGGGCUUUAUACGAAGCGUAGUCUGGAAAGUAGUAUGGAAAGUAGAUGGUUGGAGUGUGCGACGUAAGUGUUGAUAAAGGGGCAGUUGGGAGGGAUCUCUAUGCUGUUGGUUCGUUUGAUGCUAGCCGAUGGUGGCACAGCAGCAUGCGAAUUCCAGUCAAUAUUAUGAAUGAACGACUCUUUUCCGUGACUAGUCGUAUUCGCAUUGGCGUAGUUGGCGGUGGGAUCGCUAGCAUCACGGUAGCUAUUGCUCUUGUGAAGCACCCUCAUGUAGAUGUUGAAGUGUACGAGUCGGCUCCCCGGUUCUCUGAAAGGGGUGCUGGAAUCGGGCUUUCCCCAGUAACGCUCGAAGCCCUCGACGACAUACUGCCCUCAGCGAUUGAAGUGCUGAAGACUCCGGCCGGGUGGUGGGAUUGCAGACGCUUUGUUCCUCUCGAGGAAGCGAGGUCGGCAAUCGGAGAUGAAUCUUUCAAGGUCGAUCACCAGUACGCCUGGCUUGGUGAGGGCGCAGCCAUGCUUCACGGCUUUGUUGAGAACCGAACUAUGGUGCAAUGCAUUCAUUGUAGCGGUUAUUGACAAAAGCCGCUCAGUCGACCGGAAGCGAGAACUUACAAGACAGGUGCUUGAGGAUGCCUUGCCUGCAAGUCGGUAUGAGGGGCUAAUUGUUCUGUGGCCAAGAUAAAGAGGCUGGACUCAACCCAGGGAAAGUGAGGCUCACAGCAGGGGUUCCGGGUCCUCAACCGGUCCGUUUUCAUAAAAACGGUUCCGAGGUGGAGUCAGCGAGCCCGUGCCGAAACGGAGCAUAGGGGAUUAAUGUGUUCGGACUGGUAGAGCCUGAUAAGGAAGGUGGAUCGGGAUGAGUAAGGCAUACACGGUCGCGCCGCAUAAUCAAUAUUGCUUAUUUAUACC